ACUAAUUCUCAUUCUCAUUUCCAAUCUCUUCCAACCCCCAAUUCGAUCUCCUCACCAAUUAACAAAACACCCAAAGAGCAUAGAAAUCCUCCAUUAAUCUCAUGGCUUCCUUUCAAACCACAGCUAUAUUCUCCUCUUCCUUUUCUUCUUCUCCAGGAAAAGUCAACGCCUCUAUCCAUGUCCCUAACCCUCCCCGAGUGACUUAUCCUGUUCCAAAAGUACCAACAAGAAAGUUGCAAAUUGAGGAAUUUAAUGGAUCGCCGGUAGACUCAACCCCAUUAGAGAAGAAUGGCAUCACCACACACAUAUAUGAAGGUUUAUUCAGCCCUGGCAAGAAAUCUAAUAAGGCCACUACUGUUCAACUCUAUUCAAUUCUGGAGGCAGUAGCUGACAGAAUUGAAAUGCACAGAAACAUUGGCGAACAAAGAAACAACUGGAACACCCUUCUUCUAAACUCCAUCAACAUGAUCACUCUCACUGCAACAGCCAUGGCCGGUGUUGCUGCAGCCACCAGUGGUGACACUGAGCCGCUUUUGGCCAUGAAACUAUCAUCCACACUCUUGUUUUCUGCGGCCACUGGGAUGUCACUUAUCAUGAACAAAAUUCAGCCCUCACAACUCGCUGAGGAGCAACGCAAUGCUACAAGGUUGUUUAAACAGCUUCAUAGCCAAAUCCAAACCAUAAUCGCUCUUGGAAAUCCAACCGAAGAAGAUGUGAAGGGUUCGAUGGAGAAGGUGUUGGCACUUGAUAGAGCUUACCCUCUUCCCUUGUUGGGAGCUAUGCUUGACAAGUUUCCCGCAAAAUAUAAACCUGCUGUUUGGUGGCCUUCAUCUCAUCAGUUCCAAAGAAGAAGUAAAACACAAGAGAGCAACAAUGGAUGGAGUGAAGAUCUAGAAAUGGAAAUGAGGGAAGUGAUUGAAGUGGUAAAGAAUAAAGACUUAGAGGACUAUGAUAGGCUUGGGAACAUAGCGUUGAAGCUAAACAAGACUUUGGCUAUUGCAGGGCCAUUACUGAGUGGCAUUGCAGCAGUGGGGUCUUCAUUUGUGGGUAAUGGAUCGUGGGCAGCAUUGGUGCCUCUCAUGGCUGGCUCAUUGGCUUCAGCAGUUAAUGCUUUUGAACAUGGUGGCCAAAUAGGCAUGGUCUUUGAAAUGUACAGAAACUGUGGGGGAUUCUUCACGCUUUUGGAACAGACUAUUCAAGCCACACUUGAAGAGAAAAACUUGGACAACAGAGAAAACGGUCAAGUAUUUGAAAUGAAGGUGGCAAUGAAGUUGGGAAGAAGCGUUUCGGAGCUGAGACGACUUGCCUCAAAAUCUGCUUCAUGUCGUAUGGAAGGAAUUGCCGUAGAUGAAUUCUCCAGCAAGCUUUUCUAAUUAAGACAACAUUUCAUCACCACCGAUGCAAUAUUCUUUUAUUCUUUUUUUUUUUUUUGUUACAUAUAUUCUUUAUUAAUUGUAUAGUCCUCUGACGUAGAAGAACUGUAUAUAUAUCUGUAGGUACAUUCAUGCAAUUUACUCAAUGAUCGAUAUUUACUUCUCACAAUUUUUCUUUUCUUAUAUUA